AUGGCUGCACCACCACUUGAUCUACCUGAGCUACCGGAGGACGUCCUAGUGGAUGUAUUCGGUCACUUGGGCACGCGGAACGAUUUGCUCAAUGUGAUGCUUGUGCAUCGAGCCUGGUAUCCCAUCGCUAUGCAGCUCCAAUAUGCCGACAUAUCGCUGAGCUUCUAUCAGAGUGAUAUGUUCUUCUCCAUUUCGCGAGGCAGACCAUUACGCUGCUUAGAGACUCUGAGCAACAACGAUUUUGCUGCAAGAGCAGUACGCCACCUGACCGUGACGGGUAUCAAUAACGAUGUUACUUGCGACCUCGUCAUAGAAAUCCUGGCCAAGACUCCGGGGCUGCUAUCCUUGGAUUUCCAGGUGGAGAAAGAUGUCCUGGAUAAAGGACCCGCGAAAACCUUGCAGUCUCUGGCGGCCUCAUCCCAGUUUCUCCCAAUGCUCUCCGCGGUCAACUACUAUGACGCUCAGUCAGUGAUGCUGCUGGCUCAAGGCAGACCGUUGCGUACAAUCGGAUUGCCCAUGCCAAUGGACCAUACCGCUUUUACGGCUAUAACGCAGACGCUGCAGCGCCCCGUGGUACCCAUAACUCAAUUGCGCCUCUCUAUCAAACUCCGCGAUUUAGACGACAUUGUGGACGCUAUCGAGACGAUUUGUCGGGCCUUCCCGACCAUCGUAGCGCUGACUCUCACAUUCAAGUUAUCCGAAGUCGGUUCCACAUCGUGGGAGAGGGUCAAGGACGUUCUCCGCAGAACUGGCCCGUCGCUGACUACAUUGCGUUCUCUCGAAGUGUUUAGCCUGGUGAUUUUCCCGGAAACUGUCGACAGGAAUCUCGAGUAUGCCAAGCAAACGAAACGGAUCUGCGAGAUGAUCGUCAAGUAUGUUCCGCAAUUACGCCGGGUAGAAUUUCGAUGGCUGGGGUGGACAAUUGAUCAGGGAGAGUGGAAACUAGUCCCUCCGGAAGAGAUGCUUCGUCAGGUUGAUUACUGGCUAUACAAGAAGACCCGCUCGAAAUCGUAUGAAGCUUGCGGACCAGUGGGAGUCAUCGCUCGCACGAAAUUACGGCGGAACCUGGAGUAUUCCUUCCUCUACACUGAAUUUCUAGCGUACACGACUAGUAUCGAAGACUGCGCCUUAGAUUGUCUGUCACCGCCUGCCACACGCGGCGUUAUGAAGCAGACGCCAACCUUCCUCGAUCUAUUAUCUCCCACAAGAGAAUUGCCGGUACAUCCCGUCCUGUUCACUGCGUUGAUGCUCCAUAACCACCGGAAGCAGUCGGGGACAACCGUGCAUCCACAGCAAGAGGCAGGACAACACGCUGCCAGUUCGAACCCCUUAUUAAGUUUCAGAUUCAAUACAAUAGGACAAGAGCCUUCUCUUUUGAAGCGCUUCAAAAUGUCCGACGAAGACCUUCAGUAUCCGGAUUCUCCCUCUCCCCCUUCGUCGUUGAAGCCGACUUUGCCCGGAGACGCCCGUUCUUCCUUGACCGAUCAUCAUCGUGUCGCCAUGGAUGAACGCACCGUCCAGCCGACUACCGUCCCCACCCAUGAAGAGGAUGACAGCCCAAUGGAAGUCGAUGUAGCCCCUGUUGCUGCUUCUCAAUCGCAGAAGGCGGCUGGAAAGAUGGUUGCGUCGUCAACGCACAAUGUCUUCCCGGUCUCCCCUGUCUCUUCCACCUCACACAGCUUGCAUGUCGCUCCCCAAUUCGCAUACCAGUUCCAUCUAGCUUUACCUCGCCAAUCCUCGCCCAAUACCCCUCUUGCACCUAUACGCCUUCCACCUGAAGGCGAGGCCUCCGGCUCGCAGGUUCCUCCAGAACCACAUGUGGCUACUGUUGCUGCUUUGCCGUCAUCGCCAACUGCUCUCAUCGAAUUGAUGUCGCAAGCGACUUCUGAGCUCUCACAAUGGAGCGAGAUAGACGUUCUCGUGGCAAGAUAUCGUGAUGAGCAUCAAGAAUUUUUACAUAGAAAUCAAGAAUCUCAGCGAGCGCUGCAGCGGGAGAAGGAACAGGCCGUCAAAAUGUGCACGACUGUCGACGCGGUCUUCGCGAGAGCGCAGGCUCUGUGCACGACUCGGCAGCAACGUUUACAGGCUAAGCAAGAUGAUGCAAAACGUUCGCUAGAUGCUCAGCGAGCCGCGGAGCAAAGGAGACAGGAGGAUGCCGCUGUCGAAGCGCAACGCGAACUCGAGAUGCGCGGCAAAGUAGCAGAGCAGAAUUGUCCGGCGCAGGCUCAGCGAAGAGCCCAAGAAGAGAUGAGUCGCAGAGCGGAAGAGAAUGCAGCCCAGGAGGCCGAAGCUAAGCAUGGAGAAGCAAACGCAGCUGAGGCGAGACACAGAGUGGAGGCGAUUGAGGCGCAGCAAGAAGAAUUAGGGCGGCAAAUCUCUAAUCAGGAACAAGAGAACGCGGUAGCCGAACUCCAAAGGGCAGAGAAAACACGAGAGCUGGAGGAGAAGGGACGUCAGGAAACCUUGAGCAAGGCCGAAGAGGAGGCUCAGUUAAUGGCAGAGGACGAGCAACGAAAGGCUGAAUAUGAGGCCAAGAGAGCUGAGAUCGCAGAACUGAAGAGACAGGUCAUCGAAAGAGAACGCGAGAACGCAAUCGCCGCUCGUGCUCAACGACAGGAAGGCAAGAAGCCGCGACCGGAUAUCAAAGCAAGACUGGAGAAGGAAAAGAAAGCUGUUAAAUCACGUCCACCUACUGCAGCGAAAACUGCCAGCUCAGACGUCGUGUCGAAUGAGUCCGCGCAGAAUGUGCCAGAUUCCAAAGAUGUUCCUCAAGGGCGAGCGCUCUCCGGUGAUGUAAUGCCCUCUGCAGCAGCUUCACCAUCCGUCCAUGCCAAUUCGUCUCCGGCUCUUGUUGACGUGCUUAUUGGGUCGGAAGCCAAGGCUUCUGGGAAGAAAGCCAAGGGCCGCAAAAGCAGCGCUCCCAGCACCGGGCCCCAAUCUGAACCGUUGCUCAAAGUGGAUGAAUCUACUAGUAUUGCUCAAGCUGCUUCCACCAUCAUCUCCGAAGAGGGUGAUCCGCACUCUCGUGAUGUUCUGCCGGUACAAGGCGCCCGUGAAGGUUCUAUCAAUGCUCAUGCGGAACGGGUAUCCCGGCCAGCGCAUGGCACAUGUGUUGACGAGAAGAUGGGCAGGAAAUUGUCAUUGGUGUCAGCGAAUGCUGAUGCACGGAGUCCGUUAACAGUGAAACAGGAACAACCUAUCGAUGAUGCAAGUUUGACAGCAAACAUAUCUCAGCCGGAACCAUUGGUUUCAUUGGCCUCCAGAACGCCUAAAUUGCCAAUUUUGGCGGAUCAAUCGCAGCCAGCGGUGAACGCUGAUGUUCGUCACAAUCAGCCAGUAAAUCCCGAUGUCAAGUCGAGCGACCGGGUGUACAAUCCCGCUGCGGGAACUGCAUCAGUAGAUGCGCCCGUAGAUGACACCUCUACCACCACUCAGUUCUCACUCACUGCUAUGUCGUCGCGAGAUAUGCAGCCGGUUUCCCAAUCCAUUUCUCCCUCUGUUCGUUUGUUGGAACGAAUCUCCCAUAACGUGAACACUGGUCCACACUCUACGUUCAACGACCAGACUGCAGAAGCGGAAGGUUGGAUAAAUCGCCCAAGUGCACCAGACCUCAACCUGCACGGGCGGGGAGCUAGUACUGUCGAGGCCAGACCAACGACUAGGUCCAUAUUCGAUCGUCGUUCUCCUCCGCCUCAGCACUCAGCAUCAAGGCAGCGCGGACGCGACCGUCAUCCUCUCUACUCGGACCGAUCGGCUGUGCAGAGGGGGCGGCCCCAAGAGCGUUCACGGAAGCAUGACAGGGACGAUGGCAUGGAGAGAAGCUCGGACGGACCACCCGCUCGUCGCCCAAGGUAUUCGCCUCCAGAGGAACAACAGUACAGACCCAUCGCGCCUGCAGGCUCGAUCACGUAUCUACAAGCUUCAACGUAUGCUGGACCCCUGCGAUCCCGCCAUGAAGCUUUGCCGCCCUCCGAUCGCCAAUAUGACGACGCGCAUUAUGGCCCUGAGUAUGCACCUUACAGUGCGCCUUACGAUGGCCGGGAUGAUGUGUAUCAGAGUCAGAGCAACGGCCAGCACUACGAGCAGUCAUAUCAACCGUCUUCGCAAUUAGUUUCUAGCGAUCUAGGGCGUAUGCAUCCCGCCAUACGGAAUUACGACGAUCCGGGGGCCAGCCACACGGCCUCCUCGUCCCGUUACCAAUCGACCGCCCACGACGACCGGUUCCAACCGGAUCUUCUUGCACGGAUGGGACCAAAUGCGCAAGCUCCUAGCAUUUUGUCUCGUAACGUUGCUCGUGGGCCGCGAACGCCGCCGCAUCCGAUGCAGAACGUGCAUGAUUCCCUUCCCAGAAGACCCGAGACUUCAAUCGCGAGGGGUCGUGGCAGACAACGGCCCCCGCUCAGUCGUCUUAUGAGAGGUAACGACCUUGAAUCCCGCUUGUCCUGA